AUGCAUGCAGCAACAACAGGUGCAGCAGGUGCAGCGGUUGCAGCAGAUGUAGAAGCAGCAGCAUAUGGAGGAUCCGCAGCUACAACUGCUGCAGCAGAAGCAGAAGCAGCAGCAGAUGCAGAUGUAUCAGCAGCAGAUGCAGCAGCAGCAGAUGCAGCAGCAGCAGCAGCAGCAGCAGAGCAGGUGUGCUUGGAGAUGUGCAGCAGCAGGAGCAACAGCAGAGCAGCAGCAGCAACAGAAGCAGCAACAGCAACAAUAACAACAGCAGCAGCAGCAACAGCAGCAGGAAGCUGCUGCCAUUCUCUUCAUGAAGAGGGGCAAAGUAACCAAGCCGAUACUAUUGCUGUUGCUGCUGCUGCUCUUGCUGAUGCUACUACUGCCGCUGCUGCCAUUGCUGCUGCUGCUGCUGCUGCUGCUGCUGCGAUUCCUGCUGCUGCUGCUGCAGCAGCGCCGCUUGUUGUUCGCACCUGUUAA